AACACGGCCCUCCAUUUAUUCUCCCUUUAAUUUUUUUUUCUUUUUUUUUCUUUAUAUGAUCUCUAAUCUCUAACAAUAUAUAAACCCUCCCACCCCUUAUCACAUUUCCUCAUCAUCCAUCACAAAUUCCUCUUCUGCUUCUAUAUCUUUGUGUUACUUCAAUUAUUACUGUAUUAUUGUUAUUAUUAUCAUUAUUAUUAUUAUCUUUGAGAAUAAGCGAGUAAUUAUGAGCAGACCAGGGGACUGGAACUGCAGGUCAUGCCAGCAUUUGAACUUCCAAAGGCGGGAUUCGUGCCAGCGAUGCGGCGACUCGAAAUACGGCGACAGAGUCGUCGAUUUCGGGGGUUUUGGAGGAGGAGGAGGAGGAGGUAGAGGAUCUUCAUUUGGAAUGAUGACCGGUUCCGAUGUUCGCCCCGGCGACUGGUACUGCGCCGCAGGUAACUGCGGUGCACACAACUUUGCUAGCCGCUCUAGCUGCUUUAAGUGCGGUGCAUUCAAGGAUGACUUGGCUGGCGCCUUCAACAGCGAAUUCUCGCGCUCGAGAUAUGGUGGCGGCGGUGGCGGCGGCGGUAGACCUGGAUGGAAAUCCGGUGAUUGGAUAUGUAGCAGAUCAGGAUGCAAUGAACACAACUUUGCUAGCAGACUUGAAUGUUUCAAAUGCAGUGCUCCAAGGGACUACUAGCUAAUUAAGAUGCUGCGAGAUUUCUUUAUUUAAUUUCUUUGGGAUGUUUAAGAUCAAUGAUGUAAAAUCUGAUGCAAGAAAAAAUUAUGGUUUCAAGAGGCCAUAUUACAAGAGAAGUUAUGAUUAGCUAGCUAGUUAUUACAUUACAUCCCUUAGGCUCUUUCUUCUUAAAAACUACAAAUCAAUGUUGUUUUGGUGCUUUUAAACUAUUUUGUUUUUCUUUUUUUUUUUUCCUUUUUUGUGUUAGAGAGUUCAUCAUUUAUUGUAUGGUGCUUGGUUUCUUAAAUUAAGAUGAUUCUCCUUUCUCUA